AUGGGAGGAGCGAUUUCUAAAAUGAUGGGCAAGAUCUUCGGAUCCAAGGAAAUGCGCCUGUUGAUGUUAGGUCUCGAUGCUGCUGGAAAGACAACUAUUCUCUACAAAUUGAAGUUGGGUCAAGAUGUUACGACAAUUCCUACUGUUGGAUUCAACGUCGAGACGGUGACAUACAAGAAUGUCAAAUUUAAUGUCUGGGAUGUCGGUGGACAAGAUAAGAUCAGACCUCUAUGGAGACAUUACUUCAGUGGUACCCAAGGACUUAUCUUUGUGAUCGAUUCCAGUGACAGAGCACGCAUAGCAGAGGCACAACAAGAGUUACAUCGCAUUAUCAAUGACAGAGAAAUGCAAGAUUCAUUACUCCUAGUCUUCGCGAACAAGCAGGAUAUCGCUGGAGCCAUGAAGCCACCCGAGGUCACGGAACAACUUAAGUUGAACGAACUGAGGAACAAGGUUUGGUUCGUAGUACCAAGUUGUGCCACUACCGGUGAGGGGUUAAUGGAAGGACUGGCUUGGCUUUCGAAAACAAUUGAAGGAAGACCUGCUCCACAAACAAAAUGA